UAACGUUCAGAAGCGCUUAGAGCGCUCAAGUUAGUAGAUCAGAAAAGGGGAGGGAGCAGUAGUUGGUCUGUGUAGGCAGGAACUGAACGUAAAUUACUCAGCUCCAAAGGCAGCCGACAACAAAGGCACCUGGAAUAUUGCCUUCGGAGACUUUCCGGUCACCGUUGGCGGCCUGGCCGGAGUCGAGGUGACAAUUUACAGGCUGUUCCUGCUCACAAAGCGGCGUGCCGAGGAAGGACGCGUCUCUUUGAAUAGACAAGAUGCACGGACCGCCCUCCGGUGACAGCGCAUGCCCAUUGCGCACGAUCAAGAGAGUUCAGUUCGGCGUCAUCAGCCCAGAUGAACUUAAACGGAUGUCAGUUACUGAAGGGGGUAUCAAAUACCCCGAAACCACAGAAGGAGGACGUCCUAAGCUUGGUGGCCUUAUGGAUCCAAGACAAGGGGUCAUAGAACGCAGUGGGAGAUGUCAGACGUGUGCAGGCAACAUGACUGAAUGUCCGGGCCACUUCGGACACAUAGAGCUGGCGAAGCCGGUUUUCCACGUCGGCUUCAUAUCAAAAAUAAUGAAGAUUCUUCGAUGCGUCUGCUUCUUUUGCUCAAAACUGUUGGUGGAUUCCAACAACCCGAAGAUCAAAGAAAUCCUUGUGAAAUCCAAGGGCCAGCCAAGGAAGCGUCUAACCCACGUCUACGAGCUGUGCAAAGGCAAAAACAUAUGCGAGGGAGGGGAAGAGAUGGACAACAAAUUUGGAAUGGAGCCACAGGAGACAGAGGAGGACAUUACCAAGGAGAAGGGUCACGGCGGCUGCGGGCGCUACCAGCCACGCAUCCGACGCUCGGGCUUGGAGCUGUACGCCGAGUGGAAGCACGUCAACGAGGAUUCCCAGGAGAAGAAAAUCCUCCUGAGUCCCGAACGCGUUCACGAGAUCUUCAAGCGCAUCUCAGACGAAGAAGACAUCAUCUUGGGCAUGGACCCCAAGUUCGCCCGUCCAGAAUGGAUGAUUGUGACCGUGCUGCCUGUGCCUCCGCUGGCCGUGAGGCCCGCCGUGGUCAUGCAGGGCUCGGCUCGCAACCAGGACGAUUUGACCCAUAAGCUGGCGGACAUCGUGAAGAUCAACAACCAGCUGAGAAGAAACGAGCAAAGCGGCGCAGCUGCUCACGUCAUCGCCGAGGAUGUGAAGCUCCUUCAGUUUCACGUGGCCACGAUGGUCGACAACGAAUUACCAGGCCUGCCGAGGGCAAUGCAAAAAUCUGGCCGUCCUCUCAAAUCCAUAAAGCAGCGUCUAAAGGGAAAAGAGGGGCGAGUGAGGGGCAAUCUGAUGGGCAAACGUGUGGACUUCUCGGCCCGAACCGUCAUCACCCCCGACCCCAACCUGCAGAUCGACCAAGUGGGCGUGCCACGAUCCAUCGCGGCCAACAUGACGUUCCCCGAGAUUGUCACACCCUUUAAUAUCGACAGAUUGCAAGAGUUGGUCCGGAGAGGCAACAGCCAGUACCCCGGAGCAAAAUACAUUAUCCGAGACAACGGAGACAGAAUCGACCUGCGAUUCCACCCUAAACCAAGUGACCUUCAUCUGCAAAUCGGCUACAAGGUGGAAAGGCACAUGUGCGACGGUGACAUCAUCAUCUUCAACCGACAGCCCACGCUACAUAAAAUGUCCAUGAUGGGGCACAGAGUUCGGAUCCUGCCUUGGUCGACAUUCCGACUCAACCUCAGUGUCACCACCCCUUAUAAUGCUGACUUCGACGGGGACGAGAUGAACCUCCACCUCCCUCAGUCGCUGGAGACCCGGGCGGAGAUUCAGGAGCUGGCCAUGGUGCCGCGGAUGAUCGUCACGCCCCAAUCCAACCGGCCCGUCAUGGGUAUCGUGCAGGACACCCUCACAGCCGUUCGCAAGUUCACCAAAAGAGACGUGUUCUUGGAGAGGGGUGAGGUGAUGAACCUCCUGAUGUUCCUGUCCACCUGGGACGGGAAGAUGCCUCAGCCGGCUAUUCUCAAACCUCGUCCGCUGUGGACGGGGAAGCAGAUCUUCAGCCUCAUCAUUCCAGGACACAUCAACGUGAUCCGCACCCACAGCACGCACCCCGACGAUGAAGACAGCGGCCCGUACAAACACAUCUCCCCUGGUGACACCAAGGUCAUAGUGGAGAACGGGGAGUUGAUCAUGGGCAUCCUGUGUAAGAAGUCUCUGGGAACCUCGGCUGGCUCCCUCGUCCACAUCUCCUACCUGGAGAUGGGCCACGACAUCACCAGGCUCUUCUACUCCAACAUUCAGACGGUGGUCAACAACUGGCUGCUCAUCGAGGGUCAUUCCAUCGGUAUUGGGGACUCCAUUGCUGAUGCCAAGACGUACCUCGACAUCCAGAACACCAUCAAGAAGGCCAAACAGGAUGUGAUAGAAGUUAUUGAAAAAGCUCACAACAACGAGCUAGAACCGACACCCGGUAACACCUUGAGGCAAACCUUCGAGAACCAGGUGAACCGUAUCCUGAACGACGCUCGUGACAAAACGGGAUCCUCCGCUCAGAAGUCGCUGUCCGAGUACAACAACUUCAAGUCCAUGGUGGUGGCGGGAUCCAAGGGCUCAAAGAUCAACAUCUCACAGGUUAUCGCCGUGGUGGGCCAGCAGAACGUGGAGGGUAAGCGAAUCCCCUUCGGGUUCAAGCACCGCACGCUGCCUCACUUCAUCAAGGAUGACUACGGUCCUGAGAGCCGAGGCUUCGUGGAGAACUCCUACCUGGCCGGGCUGACGCCGACCGAGUUCUUCUUCCACGCCAUGGGAGGCAGAGAGGGUCUGAUCGACACGGCUGUCAAGACCGCUGAGACGGGUUAUAUUCAGCGUCGUCUCAUCAAAUCCAUGGAGUCUGUGAUGGUGAAGUACGACGCCACGGUGCGAAACUCCAUCAACCAGGUGGUUCAGCUGCGUUACGGCGAGGACGGCCUGGCGGGAGAGAACGUCGAGUUCCAAAACCUGGCGACGUUGAAGCCCUCCAACAAGGCUUUCGAAAAGAAGUUUCGGUUUGACUGCACCAACGAGCGCGCGUUGAGACGGGUGCUGCAGGAAGACGUGGUGAAAGACGUGCUGACUAAUGCACAUGUGCAGAGCGUCUUGGAGAAGGAGUUUGAGAAGAUGAGGGAGGACAGAGAGAUCCUGCGGGCGAUUUUCCCCACUGGUGACAGUAAGGUGGUGCUGCCGUGCAACCUGGCCAGAAUGAUCUGGAACGCUCAGAAGAUUUUCCGAAUCAACACUCGAACCCCAACAGACCUAAAUCCCCUGCGAGUGGUUGAGGGCGUUCAGGAGCUGAGUAAGAAGCUGGUUAUUGUCAAUGGUGACGAUCCUCUGAGCAGGCAGGCCCAGGAGAACGCCACUCUGCUCUUCAACAUCCACCUGCGGUCGACGCUGUGCUCCAAACGCAUGACGGAGGAGUUCCGCCUGUCCACCGAGGCUUACGAUUGGCUGCUGGGAGAGAUAGAGACCAAGUUCAACCAAUCCAUUGCCCACCCUGGUGAAAUGGUUGGCGCUCUAGCUGCCCAGUCGCUGGGAGAGCCAGCCACCCAGAUGACCCUGAACACUUUCCACUACGCCGGAGUGUCGGCCAAAAACGUCACGCUUGGUGUGCCUCGUCUCAAAGAGUUGAUCAACAUCUCGAAGAGGCCCAAGACCCCGUCGCUGACCGUCUUCCUGCUGGGUCAGGCGGCACGUGACGCAGAGAGAGCUAAGGACAUCUUGUGUCGACUGGAGCAUACAACGCUCAGGAAGGUGACUGCCAACACCGCCAUCUACUAUGACCCCAACCCUCAGAACACCGUGGUGGCCGAGGAUCAGGAGUGGGUGAACGUCUACUACGAGAUGCCGGACUUUGAUGUGACUCGCAUUUCCCCGUGGUUGCUGCGCAUCGAGCUCGACCGCAAGCAUAUGACUGACCGCAAACUGACCAUGGAGCAGAUCGCAGAGAAAAUCAAUGCAGGUUUUGGUGAUGACCUUAAUUGCAUCUUCAACGAUGACAACGCUGAAAAACUGGUGCUGCGAAUUCGAAUCAUGAACAGUGACGAGAACAAAUUUCAAGAGGACGAGGAGGUUGUGGACAAAAUGGACGACGAUGUGUUUCUGAGGUGCAUCGAAUCCAACAUGCUGACGGACAUGACUCUGCAGGGCAUCGAGCAGAUCAGCAAGGUGUACAUGCACCUGCCUCAGACUGACAACAAGAAGAAGAUCAUCAUCACAGAGGAUGGAGAGUUCAAGGCCCUGCAGGAGUGGAUCCUUGAGACGGACGGAGUGAGCCUCAUGAGGGUGCUCAGUGAGAAGGACGUGGAUCCUGUCAGGACCACCUCCAACGACAUCGUGGAGAUCUUCACGGUUUUGGGUAUCGAAGCUGUCCGAAAAGCUCUGGAGAGAGAGUUGUACCACGUCAUCUCCUUUGAUGGCUCCUACGUCAACUACCGCCACUUGGCUCUGCUUUGUGACACUAUGACUUGCCGCGGUCACUUGAUGGCCAUCACGCGUCACGGCAUCAACCGUCAAGACACCGGACCUCUCAUGAAGUGUUCCUUUGAGGAGACGGUGGAUGUGCUGAUGGAGGCGUCCUCUCACGGAGAGUGCGACCCGAUGAAAGGCGUGUCGGAGAACAUCAUGCUCGGCCAGCUCGCCCCAGCAGGAACCGGCUGCUUUGACCUGCUGCUAGAUGCUGAGAAGUGCAAGUACGGCAUGGAGAUCCCAACAAACAUCCCCGGCAUCAGCGUGGCGGGGCCCACUGGAAUGUUCUUUGGCUCAGUGCCAAGCCCCAUGAGCGGUAUGUCUCCUGCCAUGACACCCUGGAACACUGGAGCCACCCCAGCCUACGGAGCAUGGUCUCCCAGUGUUGGAAGCGGCAUGACCCCUGGAGCAGCAGGUUUCUCUCCCAGCGCAGCGUCAGACGCGAGCGGCUUCUCUCCAGGUUACUCCCCAGCCUGGUCUCCCACACCGGGGUCACCAGGGUCUCCUGGACCAGUCAGUCCAUACAUCCCAUCUCCAGGUGGAGCCAUGUCACCAAACUACUCUCCCACCUCCCCCGCCUACGAGCCUCGUUCUCCGGGGGGCUACACCCCUCAGAGCCCAGGCUACUCCCCAACGUCGCCUUCCUACUCCCCCACUUCUCCCUCUUACUCCCCCACCAGCCCCAACUACAGCCCCACGUCUCCAUCGUACUCCCCCACUUCACCCAGUUACUCCCCGACAUCUCCCUCCUACUCCCCAACGUCUCCAUCUUACUCCCCAACGUCUCCCUCCUACUCCCCCACUUCUCCAUCGUACUCUCCGACGUCUCCGUCAUAUUCUCCGACCUCUCCGAGCUACAGCCCAACAUCGCCCAGCUACUCCCCGACGUCGCCCAGCUACUCCCCUACUUCACCCUCCUACUCACCAACCUCACCCUCUUACUCUCCCACUUCUCCAUCCUACUCCCCCACCUCCCCUUCCUACUCCCCUACCUCUCCGUCCUACUCUCCAACCAGUCCGAGCUACAGCCCCACAUCACCGAAUUACACCCCAACAUCCCCCAGUUACUCUCCUACAUCCCCUUCAUACUCUCCCACAUCGCCCUCUUACUCCCCAACCUCCCCCAACUACACACCAACCAGUCCAAACUACUCCCCAACUUCACCCUCUUAUUCCCCUACAUCUCCAUCCUACUCCCCCUCCAGUCCACGCUACACCCCUCAGUCGCCCACUUACACACCCAGCUCGCCGUCGUACAGCCCCAGCUCUCCAUCGUACUCCCCAACCUCACCCAAAUACACCCCGACGUCCCCAUCUUACAGCCCCAGCUCCCCGGAGUACACCCCCACCUCUCCAAAAUACUCCCCAACGUCGCCGAAGUACUCGCCUACAUCACCGAAGUACUCCCCCACCUCCCCUACCUACUCCCCAACAACUCCGAAAUACAGCCCCACCUCCCCCACCUACUCCCCUACCAGCCCCACCUACACCCCUACCAGCCCCAAAUACUCUCCCACCUCUCCCACUUACUCCCCAACUUCGCCCAAGUACUCACCCACGUCUCCGACGUACUCGCCUACUAGCCCCAAAGGCUCCACCUACAGCCCCACCUCCCCCGGCUACAGCCCCACCUCCCCUACCUACAGCCCAGCCAUCAGCCCUGACGACAGCGACGAGGAAAACAACUGAGCUGCGGAGGAGGCGGGGGGGAGGCUGAAGGACAGCAGGAGCUUUAAUUGGCUUGAGAACGUGGUGCUGUGGGACCCAUGACUCCACCAGGAAGCUGCUCCCCUCCCCCCAAGAUGUUCAAAACUGUUUGUGAAAGACUUGCGCUGCUUUACCUGAUGAGGGGUGAAAAUGUUGCCUUUUGAAGUAGUUUCUUUACUCUUUAAUUUCAAGAUGGGGUGUGAAGAAAAACUGAUAAUCCCCCAGAGGGAAUGAAAAGGGGAGGAAGAUGUGAACAUUUAAGUCCCUUUUUAACUUUGGUGUCCUGCAUCCAGUCCCUCUCUUUCUUGCAGUCUAUAAAUGCUGGUUGUGUAGUCGAUGGUGUACAUGUUGCCAAAAGCCUGAGAAGUAAAGAUUGUAUUCACCAUUUAAACAUAAACCAUAAUGAUAUCACAAAAACUGUUUCUUGUUAAGCAUUUAAAGAAAGUUUAGGUGGACACAAUUGUAUCAUCUGCAUAAAUGCACACUUCAAAAAAAAGAAGAGAGAACUGGUUUGGAGAGAAAGGACUUUUAUGUCCUUGCUCUAAACUUACAGGAGCAUAUGAAUCCAUCACCUCCAUCUUCUUCAUCCUUCACACCCCAAAAACCUGAAAGAUGUCACAAAACUACCCACCAGCAUCUUUUUGUCUACCAUUUUAGAAACUUGUAUGUCAAAAGCAGACAAAAAAAAAAACACUUUUCCAGAUGCUAAUCUUCCGUAGAAACUGGGAAUUUCAAAUUUCACACAAGAAAUUGUAAAAAUAAAUCUGAUUUUUGAUCUUGAAUCUUUGACGAAAUAGAUGAGGGAUAAUAGUUUUGGUCUUGCUGCUUUUGUCCUUGUUUUCAGAAGUAGUGCACGUCUAUACAUUUUAAAAAUCCCUCCUACAUUUUGCAAAUUUUUGUCCUAUUUCUAAUAGCUGAAGUGUACUUGCGUUCUACUCAGUUUAUUUAUGAAGUUAACUACUAUUCUGUAUGAGUAUGAAUAGAGAAAAUAAGAGUUUAAUUUUUUCUCGUUUGCUUUUGGUGACUUUUUAGUCCUGUUUGCAGGAAGUUCAUCUGCUCUGGAUGAAGAGGCAGGGGGACAGAUCUUGAUCGCCAGCUGACUUUCUCAUUUUAAGUUUCUCGCUCCAGUUAAAAUAGCCUGGAAGUUUAAAGUCUUCAGAGAGAAACACUUUGUCCUGCUUUCUACAAAAGUCGGAGAUGGUAUAUUCAAACUUUAUUUUUAACAAGAAAUGGUCCAAAGAAGCUGCACUCUUAGCCUUUGUUUUAAAAAUGCCACUACAGUAGUGUGAACUUCUUUUUUACAUCUUUACACAGCUUGCUGGCUUGGUAAAUUGGGAGGCUGCUGUUUGACCCUUCCUCAUUUGAUUUUGAAAUGACUGGUUUCCCUACCUCUUCAUCCUGGAGUUUCUAAAAUCAGUGUUUCCUUGUAUUUUUUUUCCUCCAUGCAUUUAACCUGUGAUGAGGGGAAAUUAUGGGGAGGAGGUGGGUUUAGCGUCGACUCCGACUGGGAGUCCCGCUGAGCUAAAAUGCAUAUUUUAGGUUCGGGAAAACUCAAUGCAAUCUAAUUUUGUGGAAAAAACAAAACAAAACUGCUUUAUAUUUAGCCUCGGCUUGAAUGAGCGGCAUUUUCUGGCCUUAGACACAAAGCGGGUCCGAUGGACAUUAAUUCCACAAAGUGUUGCAUUUUGUCCACUACGUUUGCAUCCAACGCUGUUGUCUUAACUGUGCUGUUUUGUCAGUCCACAACAACAGGACUCCCAUGUUGAAUGAAUGAGUGAGUGUGUGUACCUUUGUGUGACUGGAGCGUUUGAAGGCGAUGCAGGGUCUCAAGCUGAGGAAAGAAUUCAUCUGUCCAGUUUAAAGGAAGGUUUAACUUAAAGUUGCCACUGUAUAAAAAUCAAGUCAUGAUCUCAUUCUCUGUAUCUCUGUUCUGUUUGUUUUUUGACUUGAAAAAAAUGAAUAAAAGUUUUACUAUAUCA